ACCAGUUGUAUGCGCGGAUCCCCAGGUGCUGUCUUUAACUGGAUGGAAGUCACAGUCACAUCCACGCCGAUCUGAGGGGAAAUUCUUACGGUACGGACUCAUAAUUCCAGGAUGCGCUAAUAUUUCUGACAUGCUCACGGCGAUCGGCAAUUUAAGAUAAACUCCACCUGGCGUCUCCACUCUUUCCGCAGCCAUGGCCAUCUACGUAUCUGGAGGGGCCGUGUUCACCAUCCUCCUCAUUAGCAGGUUGUUGGAGAGCUCGAUGCUCAACGCAGAAGUGAAGGAAGGAGAGAUUCUGCCCCCUACCAUUCAUAGGCUGAUGAAAGGAUACAACAAGUACCUCAGGCCUUUCUUUGACAAUGGUCCUGUAACAGUGGGAAUGAGCCUGGACAUUGCCAGCAUUGACACCAUCUCAGAGAUCAACAUGGACUACACUGCCACCAUAUUCCUCCGCCAGCGCUGGACGGACGAGCGCUUGGUGUUUGAGGGCAAUAAGAGCCUGAGCCUUGACGGGCGGCUAGUGGAGCUGCUCUGGGUCCCUGACACCUUUAUCGUCGACUCCAAGAAGUCCUUCCUCCAUGACAUCACCGUGGAGAACAGGCUGAUACGCAUCUUCCCCAACGGGACCGUCCUUUACGCUCUGAGGAUUACUACCACAGUCGCUUGCAACAUGGAUCUGACCAAGUAUCCCAUGGACAAACAGACCUGCACGCUACAACUGGAGAGCUGGGGUUACAACAUCAAUGAUGUCAUGUUCUACUGGACCAGAGGAAAUGAGUCUGUCAGCGGUUUAGACACCCUGCAGCUGGCUCAGUACACAGUGGAGGACCACUACACUUCUGUCUCAGAGGCCGUUUAUGAAACUGGCAAUUACCCGAGGCUGGUCUUCCACUUUCAGCUGAAGAGGAGCAUUCUGUACUUCAUCCUAGAGACUUACGUCCCAUCGAGCCUGCUUGUUGUCCUCUCCUGGGUCUCCUUCUGGAUUUCCCUGUCCUCUGUUCCAGCACGUAUUUGUAUAGGAGUGACCACAGUACUGACCAUGACCACUCUGAUGAUGGGAGCCCGGACGUCACUGCCCAAUGCCAACUGCUUCAUUAAGGCCAUUGAUGUGUAUUUAGGAAUCUGCUUCAGCUUUAUCUUUGGAGCGCUCAUUGAGUAUGCCGUGGCCCACUUCUGCUCCCUCAGUCACAUGGACUCACACAUUCUCAUGCAGUACGGCCACCACAUACACGACUUUGAUGACGAAAUGAACGGCAUCAUCACCACCAUCUCCAAUCACAACAGGGCCAAGAGACGCAAGGAGGCUGCCGCAACUCCUGCCCCGGCUCCCGCUUCCCUAGAACUCACUGUCAGCCCGUCCAGCCCUUCGGGCAGUGAGCCUAAGCCCGAGGCGCCGCCCCCGGAGCCCACCAACUGGUGUCUCACUGCUCUGGCCACCGUCCGCAAAGUGCUCCGCGCCAUAAAUUGCUGUCACGUGGAGAACCCCCACCACAUAGACAACUACUCCAGAGUCACCUUCCCCCUGUCUUUUGUCAUGGUUAACCUGCUCUACUGGACAUAUUAUCUGUACUUUUAGAAUCUGUUUGUGUGCAGCAUGCAUCCCAGAGAGAGUGAGACGGAGAGUGUAUGUAGACAAGAAGUGUAUUUUACUGUAUGUAUGUACAGUAACUCUUAUUAGGUGUGUUUUGAGAUGAGUUUGUACAAUUUCAGCAUUUAGAUCCAUGAGCGAAGUAGAAGUAGGUUUUCGGGGGAAAGUCACACUUAUGAUUACAGCUCCAUUUUAAAAUAUCUAUGUGUUCUCGAAUUGAGUCAUUUUAAAUGUAAUGCAGCUGGCUCAUUUGACACUGACUGGGUGAGAUUUGAUCAACGCUGAUACACGUUGAGAUGAAGAGAACAUUGUUUGCAAAGAAAAAAAUGACCAGUCUGCAUUGUUGUAGUAUAUUAGUUUUGAGUGAAUCACUUUGCAGGUUGUUACUGUCAGACACGCAGAAGAUAGAGCUGUAAUCUAAGUCUUAAUGACAGAAUGUGCUACCAUUUCUGAGGGAGAGAAAGAUACCUGUUUCAUUUUGAUUCUCUGUUGUGAUGGAUUGAUUAUUAGUAUGUUACAAUUUCAUCUUCCAUUUCUGCCUGCAGGUGUAACAUUUAGAGGGAAGUAGCAAAAAUAAUGGAUGAGAGAAAAGUGAUUAAAAAGAGAGAGAAGGGAGCUGAAAAAGUAACUCAAGUUAAAAACUAUAAACCAGUUUCUCAAGGACGAUCACUUCCAUUCGCUGUUGAAAUCUCUCUUUGUCCCUCUAAGAGUUAUUUUUAAUACACUGAGCAUUUGACACUAUACAUGUAGUGGCCCUUGAUCCCUUCAGCUGUGUUCUGGAAAUCUUGCCACCGUUAGCGUGAACAGUAUUCUUACACUUGUCAUCUCCCAAAUCUAAGGAAAUGAAACUACGAUAUGUUUAAGCAAUAACUCACGACAGGCCGUGGUAUAUGGUCAUUAUAUCACAGUU